CGCCCCACGUGGCUUUCCACUCCUCUGAUUGGGGCGUCUGCCUGCCCCUCACAGGGCCUCGGCCAAUCGGGUGCUUUUGUCCUUCUUACUCGCGUCAUUUGCGUUAGCUGUAGUGCUACUUUCCAACAUGUCGGCUGUGUGUGUGCUCCCCAUGUGUCUGCGGGCGAGCCGGGGCCUCCUCCGGCUCAGGAGCGCGGCGGCGGGUGCCUCCGCCCCAGCCAUGGUGGACGUCAUCCGGACACUGUCCACGGACAAGCCGCCGGCCGCAGCGGGCAGUGCGACGGGCGGGUUAGCUCAGGCGAUCCUCCAGGAGAGACUCCAGCAGCAACAGCAGCCGACUCAGGGUCAGCCUCCUCCAGAGGGAGGGGAGGGCGAGAGGGAGGGCGAGAAGGCAGAGGACAGGAAGCAGAAGGAGAACACGGCCUACGCCAAGAAGAUGGUGCUACGGUUGGCCGGAUUCAUGGGAGUCGGCGGCGCGGUCGCCAUCGUUUAUAUAUUCGGCACAAAUUCGGUGGAUGAACAAGGAAACACAAUUCCAGACGAGUUCGACAAAGACCCUCCGGUCAUCCAACAGUUACGAAGAACCUACAAAUACUUUAAGGACUACAGGCAGAUGAUCAUCGAGCCCACGAGCCCGAAGCUGCUCCCCGACCCUCUGAAGGAGCCGUACUACCAGCCUCCUUACACGCUGGUGCUGGAGCUCACAGACGUCCUGCUGCACCCGGAGUGGUCGUUGGCAACAGGUUGGCGCUUUAAGAAACGUCCGGGCAUCGAUUACCUGUUCCAGCAGGUGGCGCCGCUCUACGAGAUCGUCGUCUUCACCGCAGAGACCGGCAUGACGGCGUAUCCUCUGAUCGACAGCAUCGACCCUCAGGGUUUCGUCAUGUACCGUCUCUUCAGAGACGCAACGCGUUACGUGGAGGGACAUCAUAUCAAGGUGUGUGCUCUGAAGAAAUGGGACGGAAACUCUGAGGACCGAACGCUCUACGACCUCGCCAACUUCCUCAAGACCAUCGCUAUGAGCGGCGUGGACGACGUGCGUUCGGUGUUGGAGAACUACGCGCUGGAGGAAGACCCCAUCGAGGCCUUCAAGCGCCGACAGGCUCAGCUGGCACAGGAGGAGGAGCAGCGUCUGUCCGAGCUCUCCCAGCAGAAGAAACAGGGACUCUCGAUCGGCUCCAUCGCCUCGCGGUUUUGGCGCUCCAAGCAGCAAUGAGCCCCACCCCCUCCCCUGCUCGCUUUCCACCUAUCACUCGUCCAAGGUGAGGUGAGAGAGAGGAGGAGAGAGACCCGUGUGCUGCAGGCGAAUGGUCUCCGCCAUCACGGACGUCUCAGUGGGCGGGGCUGUUGCGCUGGACCGGAGCUAGGACUUUAACUGGCCUUGCACUUCCUGGUUUUUGUGGAGGUGGGGCCUCGUCUUUGUGACACCUGAUGCAUUUUUAAGCUUCUGAUGGAGAGGAUCCAGGUCGGUCUAAACUCUGGUUGCUGGUGGUUGGAGGCUGAUCGGGAAUCAGCGCUGCCGUCGCCACUCCAGCUCCAGUCGCAUCGCCGCUCACUGGAUCUGACCUGAGAUCAGCUGUCAUCUGCCACACUUUGAGAAUGUGUAUUUUAUUUUCUGUUCCUGUGUGUGUGUCUCAGACUGUGCUGUUGGAGGCGAACGUCACAUCAUGAAUAUUGUUUAUAAUGAUGCAAAUAAACGAUAAGUAGCAUU